ACCAUUAUCUUCAACUCUAAGUUUUGAUUUUUUUAUGCCAAAUUUACAGGGAAUUUUCCAAUCUCAAGGGAGAAUAUUAAAGAGGAUGCAACUUAUGCCUUCCUCCUCAACUUCUGAUGUUGGUGCAAGGAAUAAUAAAGUGAACAAAGUAAAAAAUUUCACUGCUGACAUCGACCCUGAGAGGGAGAUGAGGUAUAAAGAAAAGGGGUUGAAACGCCCUCACGAGUUAGCAACCCCAACUGCUAGACCAUCACAACAGCCAGUGGAGGAUUCCAAGUACAAAAGUAGAAGGGCAGAACACGAGGGUUCUUCGUCACAGAGGAGGUGCAAAGCUAAAUUGCAAAGGAAAGCGUGAAGGCUUGCGAAGGUUCAGAAGCCGAGGCUGAGGUUAGCUGACAAAUUUUUCUACAUCAAAUACGUGGAAUGGGAUGCAAUAAAUUUAACAGGGUUCUUCACUGCAUUUCUAAUGGAUUUUAUCUUGAAAAUUGAUAUGUACAUUUUAUCACUGAG